AUGAAGGUCGUCUGCGUGCUCGGGGCUUCAGGACCUCGCUUGGCCGAGAAGAGGUCUCCUUGCUUCGGAUGUGAAGACCUGGAUCUGGCCGAGAGAGGACCUUGCUUUGGCUUCAGGAUGAUGUCCGGAUCUGAAGACCUCCACCCUCAUGAACCUGCGCUCCAGCACACUGCUGCAAAGCCACCAUUCCCAGAGAAGGCCUGUUCUGGCUGGAACUCAGAGAGGGAGAAAGGUCCAGAGCCCCAGAGCACGGAGGACAAGCACAUGGAUCAUGAGGCCUGGGGUGAGAGCAGCUUCGCAGACCAAUCAGAGUCAGAAAACAGCUCUGAGGAAGAUGAAGACAGAGGCUGGAAGAGGCAAAGGAGACGGGGCAGCCGCCGGCCCCACACAACAGGGAGCCUCUCAGAUGCAGAGUACAAUGGGGAAAAUUUAGGUGCCAGUCUCCCAGAGGGCCCCGCCUCUGCUCACCACAGCUGCAGUGAAGAGGCCCACAAGGAUUCCUCUCCCCAAAGAGCUCAGAGGAGGCCCCUGUCACCGGGACCCAACAGCAACCCCGUGAACAAGAAGCUCAAGUCUCAGUCGCCCAGACUCCAACGCAGCUCUCGUCACAGGCACCCCUCUCUUCAGAAGCGCCCCUCUCUCCGGCGAGGCCUGGUGAUGGCCCUGCGCUGCCUGUCCCAGGCUGUGUACGAGGAUGUGGUGCAGGUAUGGAGGCAGCAGGUCUACACCCCACUCUCUCACGAGCACCGGGCCCUGCUCACUCAGCUCCAGGUGCCCCUCACAGGCCUGGUGCAGACCCUCUGCUCCAUGGGCAGCCAGGCAGCCUGGGCCUUCCCUGCUGAGGGCUGGAUGGUGGCUAGCUCCCCCAUGGCCCAAGAUGCACAGUGCUCCUCCCAUGAGUGA